CCUAUAUAAAAUACCAACAGAUGUCACCAACGCCGGAGAACUCUUACUUGGCAACCCAUGGAUUUCCUAGGGGAGUUGACUUGCAUACAACGUGGCAAAUGGAUUUCCUGCAGGGAUUGUCAAAUAUGAUUGACGACCCAGGUUGCCUUGUUCCGCUCGUUCCAGUGAUGCCUUUUUGAUCCACUUCCACUACAAUGGCGACUUGCAGACAUGUGUCCAGGCUGGACCUUAGAUCAACUUUGCGGAAGCUAACGAAUCUGUUGGGUCGCCCUUUUGAACGACAACGUGCGUUUGGAACCACCGCAUCAGCCUCUUUUCAAGGUCGUUUGUUAUUUUCAGGAACGCAGGAUGUACAUAACUCAUGGAGUACUUUACGCACACGGCACUACCCUGCCUCUCGGCUAGGCACUCUGACAACCAACAAUCGAUUCAGUGCGGUUCAUGGCCAAUGUGCUCGCCAGAAUCACUUACAGGCUGCAACAGUAGAUCGUGAUCAUAACCUCUUCCCAUCGAAGCGGUAUCCGAUCCGCUACACUCCUCCAGGCCCUGCGCCAGUCGGUCAAAAAUACCAGACUCUGACUCUCUAUACCAUUACACCGAUCCCUGAAGAUCAACUUGAGGAUCUCCGGGACGAGGUAUUUUUCCAGCUGGUUCAGUUUAGCAUUACAGGACGGAUCUAUCUCGCCAAAGAUGGGGUCAAUCUUCAUCUCUGUACCCCUGUGGAGCACAUCAAGGACUUACAGUCGUCUUUGCAGCAACUUGUACUGGAUCGCUUCGGGAAGGGGCCAGACGGGGCAAUUUGGAAUUUCUCAUGUGAGGAGCCAGGCGAGCGAGUCUUUCGGAAGUUGAAGGUUGCGGUCAAGAAGCAAUUGGUCGCGGACGGAAGGCUGGGUAUGUGGGAUGUUCAGGAUUCGGAACCGCCUCAGUACCUGGAGCCGGAGGAAUUUCAUGCUCAACUGGACGAGGUUAGCGACAAGACGUUACUUGUCGACAUGCGCAACCAUUUUGAAAAUGAGGUGGGGGCGUUCAAGACGGCGGUCAAAAUGGACUGCACCACAUUCAAGCAAAAUAUGGAUCUUCUGGAUGAGCUCUUGGAAGGACGAAGCAAGAAUGAAGAGGUCAUGAUGGUCUGCACAGGCGGAAUUCGCUGCAGCAUUUCUGGACGGUAUCUGAAGCAGAAAGGAUUCAAGGACGUCAAAAUGCUCAAGGGAGGAAUCACUAGUUAUGGCCGUUAUAUCAAAUCGCAGCCGGACAAAAAGUCGCAUUUCGUGGGCAAGAACUUUACGUUCGAUGGGAGACGAGGCGAGCGAAUUACGGACGACGUGGUCAGCUCUUGUCACCAGUGCCAUACAGCUCACGAUGACUUGACCAACUGUGCCAACACGCGCUGUCAUUUGCUCUUUAUCCAGUGUCCAGCCUGUCGCCAAAAGUGGGCCAACACCUGCGGACCUGACUGUCACGAAGCAGUCGCGACGGGCACUGGGUCCGCAUUGUCGAAGCCAUACGAUUAUCAUGCGCAGGUGCGACCAGGGCCACUCUUGACGUCAGACAUCCCGAAAGCUGCAUAGAGUGGUAAAUAAAAAACUCCCCA